CUCUGGUUCUUCAGCAGAUAUUUCCUGUCCGUGUCUGGGAUCAAGGUUAACUGAAUUCCCACCAAGAUGUCCUGCCAGCAAAGCCAGCAGCAGUGCCAGGCCCCUAAGUGUACUCCUAAGUGUCCUCCCAAGUGUCAGACACCCAAGUGCCCACCCAAAUGUCCUCCUAAAUGCCCUCCCCAGGCUCCAUGUCCUCCUCCAGUGUCUUCCUGCUGUGGCUCUAGCUCUGGAGGAUGCUGCAGCUCUGGCGGAUGCUGUGGGUCCAGCUCUGGGGGAUGCUGCAGCUCUGGCUCUGGGGGUGGCUGCUGCCUCUUUUCCCAUCACAGGAGAUCCCACAGACGCAGACACCAGAGGUCUGACUGCUGUGGCAGUGGCAGUGGGCGCAGCCAGCAGUCUGGAGGCUGCUGUGGAAGCUCUGGAGGUUGCUGUGGGAGCUCUGGGGGCUGCUGUUAAUCUGGUAUCCUGACCCAAGAAGAGAUGAAGAUUCAUAAUUGCUUCCAUUCCUGUUUCUCCUCACUUAGCCUUCUAUCCAUGGUUUCCAACUGUUUGGAUAUUCUUAGGUCAUGGAUACACUUAAAGUGUAUCACUUCACUUUAUCUCAACUCCCCACUCCCACCUCCAUCCUGAUGCACACCAUCCUUUUUUCCCUCAUUUAUCCUAAGCAACAAUAAAGUUUAUU